CUGCUCUGCCGGCUACGGUGGCCCGGACACGCGCGAUUGCUCCGCGCCUGUCCCGCGGCAAGGGCUGCGCGCGGGUGGAUGGGGGUAGGGCGGUGAUGGGAGCAGCACGGGCUCUCCUCGGGCAGCCUCCGGAAGCAGCUCACCCCGCGGGCGGGGCAGGGCUGAGAGGGAGCGAGCCCAGAACCGGCUGGAGCUGCUGGGAGGGGAGGUCAAUUUGCUCAAAUAAAGUAGUGCCAAAGGAAAAAGGAUGCACUUAGAAAAUGUGACCAAGGAAAUGGUCCUUAUUACAGGAGGAGGUGGUUACUUUGGUUUCCGUUUAGGUUGUGCCCUAUACAAAAAGGGAGUUGACGUGAUUCUCUUUGAUGUCCUGAAGCCGGUCCAAGCUGUGCCAGAGGGAGUGAAGUUCAUACAGGGGGAUGUCUGCUGUCUCUCUGAAGUGGAAAAAGCUCUCAGAGAUGUAAUCUGUGUAUUCCAUAUUGCUUCCUAUGGAAUGUCUGGCAGGGAGCAGCUGAACCGAAAACUUAUAGAAGACGUUAAUGUGAGAGGAACAGAAAAUAUCAUCCAGGCUUGCAGGAAAGCAGGAGUGCCAAGUCUGGUUUAUACAAGUACAUACAAUGUAGUCUUUGGGGGCCAAGUUAUAGAAAAUGGGGAUGAAUCUCUGCCUUAUCUACCACUUCACCUUCAUCCUGAUCACUACUCCCGGACCAAGUCUUUAGCUGAGAUGAAAGUGCUGCAGGCAAAUGCCACUGAGCUUGGAGAAGGGAAAGGUGUGUUAAGGACUUGUGCUCUCCGACCAGCAGGCAUCUAUGGGCCCGGAGAGCAAAGGCAUCUUCCAAGAAUAGUUAGCUAUGUUGAAAGGGGAUUGUUUAAAUUUGUAUAUGGAGACCCUCUGAGUUUAGUAGAAUUUGUCCAUGUAGAUAAUCUAGUUCAGGCUCAUAUCCUUGCUUCAGAGGCACUCAAAGCCGCCAAACGGCACAUAGCUGCUGGCCAAGCUUACUUCAUUUCAGAUGGCAGGCCAAUAAACAACUUUGAAUUUUUCCGACCUUUAGUUGAAGGCUUGGGUUACCAAUUCCCAACCAUUCAUCUUCCUCUCUCCUUUGUAUAUUUUUCUGCAUUCCUAACUGAAAUAGUCCAUUUUCUUGUAGGCCGUCUUUAUAAUUUUCAGCCUCUUCUCACUCGCACCGAGGUUUACAAAACCGGCGUCACGCAUUAUUUCAGCAUGGAAAAGGCCAGGAAAGAGCUAGGGUACAAACCUGAGCAGUUUAGUCUGACCGAAGUAGUUGAGUGGUUUAAAUCCCAGGGACAUGGAAGAAAGCUCAGAAUCUAUACUAUAAAACAUCUGAUUAGGGAUGGAGGGUUGAUCUUGCUGUUGGCCGCAGUGGUGCUCUCAUGGCUUCCAGCAGCAGUAACACUCUCUGUUUGAGAGAUGUUGAACAUUGAGCUUGGGCUCUUUUUAUAGGGUGAUAAAAUAUACAAAGAAAAUUAAAAUAAAAUUAGAUCUCACUGU